CCUAUUGGGGAACGCCGUCGUAUAAGAUAGCCGUUGCGAAAAAGGCCGAGGGUUAUUGUUGUGAUACACCGUGGGGCAAUCGCCUAGCGCCACUGGAUACUGUUGGAUGGGUUUCUAGGCCUGGCUACGCUGCAAGGCCACGUAACAACCCAUUUUCGGUAUUUCUGUCGCCAUGCAUUGGAAAGGUCUGCGAAUUGGUACCUCUGAUGGCAACGAACCCAAGAGACGGAGCUUGGUCGAACCUCAGUCGGUAUCCCGCCAUAGCGAGCAAAUCCCUCGCCCUACUCUCUCCACAACCAAUCUAGCUCCGAGGCGUUCGGAGUCCGCUCCUCGUUCACCCACUCUGACCGGUCCAGAUGCAGACCACCACACUCACACUGCCGGCCCGGAGCUUGCGGGAAGUAAUUCGCAUACUCCACCGGGCAAGGUACAAAAUACCGGCCUAUCGGUGAAUGAUGGUUCAAAUUGGCGCUUCAACCGGUUUAGUUUCAUGAGGCUACGUCAUGCAUCGGAUCCGCAACUCUCAAAAUCAUAUGCUAAAGGGGAGGAGGAUAUUCCUCCGGUGCCGAAUCUACCUCCUCGUAAGUACAUCCGUUUCAUAAGGUCACGUCUAUGUUGUAUUGGCCACGUCGCUAAUUGCUACCACACUGUCAUAGCUCCUACUAUUAUUACCACUGCACCCACGAGUCAUGAACUAGAUCAACCUGUCAAACGAAAGACCAAAUUUAAACUUUUUCCCGAUUCUAAAACACCCUCUGUAGAAGAAUUGCCCGCGCAACGCGCACCGAAACGUGAUCAGAGCGAGAAGCUUGGGCAUGCUGCACAGGGAUCAACAGCGUCACAGGCGGCGGACCAUAUCCUAUCGGCCUCUCAGAGUAACAGCGAAGAACCCGGGCGUUUAUCAACUACGUCGAUCCGAAGCAAUCGUGACCAGCACAAUGAUUCUCAGCGCUCCUCAGUGACAGAUGCGCGGUUUUCGGAGUCCUCUCGUUCCGACCGGAGUGCCGGAGAUGGCAAUCCUCGUUCAUCCUCCCCUCGUGAGGGGGCGUCUGGCAACAAGCGAUUUCGCAUGCCGCGCUUGAAACGGCAUCGCAGCCCUCUCUUUCCUUUACCGCCAAAACCAACGGGCAACAGUUCGGGCAACAGCCACGCACAAAGCUCGGCAAUAUCGAAGUCUGCCGCGGGUGAUGGGGAUUCCGCCCCGAAGUCCGAUAUCUCGGAAGAUCCAAAUGAAGACCAUAUCUCUCCGCUGCCAUCUCCCACGCGGUCGUCGGUGGGCCUGGCUUCGUCGCGACCGCCCCUGCUGAGAAAUGAUUCUGCAACCUCGGCUCACUCAGCCCGUUCGACACCGUCGAACAAGAGUCGGGCAAUGCCUACGUCACGUACGAGAUCGUCUACUUUAGAUUCGUUGGCUAAUACACAGGAUAGCGGGCAACCAUCGCCACAUCUCAUCUCGGGGCGGACAUCAACCUCUACUAGUGGGCGGAAAAGCUUCGGGGAUAUUUUUAACAUCCCUCAGCGAUUUCGGCAGAAUUCUGACUCCCCUGUUGGCCGGACUGGAUCCCCAGGCUCCAAAGGCCCGGGAACUCCAACUUCUAAAAUUAGUUUGAUCACGUAUCCCGAACGACAAGAAGGUGAAGCUCCGGCGGCAUAUUUAGGUCGGCUAGAAGAGAGCAUUCCAAGGGGCGCGAUUGCCAGCGUCCUAGCUCAAUCAAACGAUGACUUCUAUAAGACUGCCCUGCGAAAGUACAUGAGAGGGUUCUCGUUCUUUGGGGACCCCAUUGAUAUGGCUAUCCGGAAACUCCUGAUGGAGGUGGAGUUGCCAAAAGAGACGCAACAAAUUGACCGCUUCCUCCAAAGCUUUGCUGAUAGAUAUCAUGAAUGUAACCCGGGUAUCUUCGCCUCCACAGACAAGGCCUACUUCAUCGCCUUCUCGAUCUUAAUCCUACACACAGAUGUCUUUAACAAGAACAACAAAAGGAAAAUGCAAAAGCCAGAUUACGUCAAGAAUACCAGCGGCCAAGGCAUAUCAGAGGACAUCCUGGAGUGUUUCUAUGAGAACAUUGUGUACACCCCUUUCAUCCAUAUCGAGGACGCAAUGUCCAACGGCCGUCAUUUUUCAAAACCACGUCGACCUCUGUUGAAGGCCACUAGCACAGAUCACUUAGUUCGAGCCACUAGAGAACCAGUGGACCCCUAUAUGUUGAUAAUGGACGGGAAGCUGGAUUCUCUGCGCCCAAGUCUUAAGGAUGUUAUGAACUUGGAGGAUACCUAUUGUUGUGAUGGAGCUGAUGGGCCGGCAGAUAUCGAUAGUCUUCACCACGCAUUUUCUAAAUCUGGUGUUUUACAAAUUGUAUCUCUACGGUCUAGGCCAGACAUGUAUAUGCCAUCGAGUCUUGACAAUCCGGCCGACUCUAAUCCCGGGCUGGUGGAUAUCAAAAUCGCUAAAGUUGGAUUACUUUGGAGAAAGGAUCCGAAAAAGAAGAGAGCUAGAUCUCCAUGGCAAGAAUGGGGUGCUCUCCUCACAUUCUCGCAACUCUACUUUUUCAAGGAUGUGGCGUGGGUUAAAUCUUUGAUGGCUCAACACGAAAACCACCAGAAGGAGGGCCGUCGUCGAGCGGUGGUUUUCAAGCCUCCUCUUACCGAGUUCAAACCCGACGGCAUCAUGUCAACUGAGGACGCGGUGGCUUUGCUGGAUUUAAGCUACAAAAAGCACAAGCAUGCCUUUAUCUUCGUCCGCCAUAGCGCUCUAGAGGAGGUAUUCCUGGCAAAUACUGAAGCCGACAUGAACGAUUGGCUAGAGAAACUAAAUUAUGCUGCGACGUUUCGGACCACCGGAGUCAGAACGAAGGGAAUGAUCGCCACAAACUAUGAAGCACAACGGAAUCGAAUGAGCCGUCGGGGUUCGAUUCAAUCGAGCCGCUCACAUCUCUCUAUGGACAAAGAACCGCCAUCUCCAAACCCUGAUACCGAUGUGACUGAGGAGUUGGCCACAGCUCGCAGGCAGCUUAUACGCGAAAAGAUUCGAGAGGCUAACAAAAAACUAUUUGUUGCACAACAACAGCUUGAUGAUCUCUUGCGAAAUGCCAGGCACUUGCAAGUUUUGACGCCUGUACAUUCCAGGGCGAGAGAGCAUGUCAUCAUGGCUGCAGGGCGCAUGGCUGCAAAACUCAAAUGGGUUAGACAGGAUAUCUGGCGCACUAAGUGCUAUAGGGAGGUUCUUGUUCGAGACAUAGGUGAAGCGUUGGACGAAGAGAAGCCUUUCGCAGAGCAGAAAUUGCACGUGCAAAUACCAACGACCACCGUUACAUCACAACCAGAGAAUCUGGAUGGAGCAGGGACCGACAAAGUGACAUCUCCGAUAGAGGAUGGCCCAUCCCCACAUGUGGAGUCUGGCGGUCCUCACUCGGUCUACAAAACUCCGCCGUCGCAACCCGCUUCUCCCGAUGGCCGGAGACCAAGUAUACCGGCCUCCUUUGCUUCCCUCGAAGUAGCUUCCCGUGUUGGUAGGCAAUUAUCUAUUGAUAAUAAUACCGAGGAACGCGCGAAGUCUUGCUCGCCUCAUCCAGCGAGGAGCCUACAGCGCGAAUCAUCAGUGCUGAGCGCCGCUAGUAAGGUAGAUGUUUCGAGUCUGGGGUCUCGAGCCUCUAAGAUAACUGGCCCCGGGAGUAUGGAUGAAACUGAAGAGCGUCUGCUGCGUGAAACAGGGUUGCUGGAAGUCAGCAGCUCACCCCAAGCACGGAAACAUUCUUUAGCUACGAAUGACAGCGAGGCCGACCAGAAACCAGAUGAUGUGCAAGGCGCAUUUCAGGGAGAGAGAACAAGCCGUAUCCGUCGCAGCCUCCAUCGUACCCUUCGAGACUCCCCCAGCGGCCAUCAUCUGCAUUACCCUCGAAAGAAAAAGUCUCGAGAUUCAGGAUUCAGUAUGGCGACGUCAGAUGAUAACCAGAAAACACAGCAAGGCGAAGGUCUAUCGCGGAAGUCGACCAACUUUACUGUGCAUGGCAAGAAGGCAUCAAUUGUGACUUUUGGGUCUGAGUGGCAGAACAUGCCGCCAGAGGAGCGCCUCAAACUACGAAAGCCAACUCCAUCGGAUGAGCCAAGGGCAUCAAAUCCAGAACUUGCCAGUAGUGCAGGCUCUGUUGCCUCGGAGUCUUUAUACCCUAGCAGCCCACACCCUUUGAGAAGCGGGAGUAUAGCGACCAAGGGGAGUGCACGUGAUGAGCCCUGGAAUUCAGCAGAAGCAGCCGGGGUUCUAUAUCGCGAAGACAAGUCCAAAAGCGAUGCUGCCAUCGGCCUAGUUCCAGAACUCUCAGAGCCCGAUGCUGCGUUGGUACCGCCCGUCUUAACUUUGGGUGAGCCGAGCGCGGUGUCUAAUGAAGGCGUAUCGCCGCAUUCGACUAGAGGCGACAAUGAUAGCCUGGUAGAGAACAACACUCCACAGGGCAUGUCGCCUAGUCCACCGGAGCAAGCUGUAAACGCUUGAUUUUUGCAAUUAUGCAGGGUCUUUUUUCUUUUACUUUCAUGACAUUAUACCCAAUUUACUUUCCUUUUCUUUCCAUCUGCAUCUGGUCUCUUCAUUGAAAACGACAUAUUUAGAAAAGCUUUAUGAACCGUCUCUUAUCGCGUCAGCUCUCUUGAUAUGGCUUUUUCGUCCUUGGUUAGAGGGCUCUUCAAAUAUCUGUCAAUUGGCCAGCAUAUGAAGGAGCACCUACUCUCACAUCUGCCUUUCUUCCCUCAUCACACUUCACUCUUUUCCCUUUCCUUCUGUUUCAAGUCCACCUCUAGACUAGCGGAAAACCGGCUCCGCGUUGACACGACCUAACUUUUUUUUUCUUUAUUAUUGUUUGGCUUUGUAUAGGCCCGAGGCGCAUUUGCUUAGGAUGGGCGGUAGUCGUUCUCUUUUCUAUUUCUUUUUUCCUACUGAGAUACCAUGUAUCAUGUGGAAGUUUGGCGUGACGCGAGUAUUGGAAGAGCAGGCUUUAGCCAGCAUGGGCAAUAAUACCAUGUAAAAACAUUGAAGAGACCAUUAAAAUAGAGAUUUAAUAGCACAUCUACUUCUGGAUUUCCUG